CGACUAGUGUGAAAGGUGCACCACUACGAUUGCGCGCUUUUUAUUCUUUGGAACGGUUUUCAAACAUGAAUAUUUCGGUAUUAUAAUGGCUGUUGCAAAUAUUUCUGCUCCAAAACCUUUUGUAACCUAUUCAGGGUUCAUUGACUUGACCCAGGAUGAUGAUAAUUUAAUUCCAGCAGUUCCUGAAGAUGAUAGUAUUAUCUGUCUGACUCCAAGAAUUUUAAGUAUUUGUCCUCAGAGCAGUGGGAAUUCAUCUUUAUCAAAUAACUCAGUACCUCAAAACAAUGUGAACUCAUCUGUAUUAAAUAACUCAGUACAGGAAAUCUGUAAUGAGAGCAACGAGAGGUUAAUUACCUUAGUUAAUGAAUCUACACCAUAUGCUCCCAUUGUAACUGGAAAUGGGACAUUUCAUUCCAUUCUGGUAAAUUCUUCAAACACAACAAGAAGGAAAAGAAGGAGAACUGUUGAUGAAAGUGAUCGACUCACCAAUUUACAGCAUGAAAACUUGCGCAAAAUAGAGUGUGGAGUUUGUUAUGAUGGUGUGGACCAGAUCACAUCUUCUGGCAGAGAAUUGGUUUCAUCUAUAUGUGGUCAUGUAUUUUGUAAUGAGUGUCUGGUAACGUCAAUUCGAGGAACAAGAAAGUGCCCAAAUUGUAGAAAGAAAUUAACUUUAAAACAGUAUCACCCUCUUUUCCUGUAAAAAUUUUAUGCAGCCAUCAUAUACAGCUAUUCUGUGUUCUUAAAAUCAGGUAUAUAAUGGACCGCUUUAAUUCUGAUUUGAGAGUAUUUGAUAAAUGUAAUGAAGAAUUAUAGUCACUCAUUUUAAUGAACAAAUUUUUGAUUGUAAGUGAUCAUAAUUUUAUAACUUUUAAUUGUUCAGUAAUUGCAUCUUUUUUUUUAAUCAUGUCAUAUAUUGUAUGAUGUGAAUAAAUGUUAUAAUAGUUCUCACUUUAAUUUUAGUGCAUUCAUGAUAAACAUGUUAUUCAUAAUGAACAUAAGUUUUUAAAAAUUGUUCUGUGAAAGCUAAAUUGAUACAUAAUUUUUUUUUAAGACAGUAAAAAUUCUGAAUUUUGUUCCUAGUUUAUUUGUACCUUUUAUAUUCACAGUUACAUAAUCUGAAUUCCCCCCCCCAUUUAGUAAGAAAUCACUUGUUUUGAAUUUAUACUUUUUGAUGUAUGUAUUUUAUAUGAUCCCAUUAUGGAAAUAUUUGUAAAAACUGGUUCAUAAUAAAAGAUAUUACUUAAUUAGA